AUAGUACACUUACCUACUUGAAUGAAAUGUUCAGUUUUUUACGCGACACGAUGGUAAAUACACCGAUUGCUCUUUCACGCACAAUUAUAAGCUUGUGGAUUGGAAUACAAGUCUACAAGCCUCAGGUGACAUCGUUGAGUUCGUUGAGGAACAACUAUAUAAUGGCUUAUGAGAACAAAACAUGGGCUGAUAAUCAAAUGAAGAAAGCUCAAAAUAAAUGCAAAGAAUAUACACAAUACGCCUGCCAGUAUCAAACACCUGAUGUAGAAGAUUCCCAUAUGGAUCGGAUACUGAAUGGAGAAUAUGUUUCUGCAGGGAUGCUUCCUCAUAUGGCAUUUAUAUUUACUCCACUUUGGAAUUGCUCUGCUUCGUUGAUCAGCGAAAAAUUUGUGAUGGCAGCUGCUCAUUGUACUUCUGACAUCGUUUGUGCAGAGGGAAAAGUUAAAAUCAAACUGGGAAGCUUAGACAAGACCAACGAUGGAACCGGUCGAUGGUAUGGUGUUGAUCACAUCUACGAACACCCGUAUUUCAAGUACGUAGGAAGCUUGCCUCAUGACAUUGCCUUAAUAGAGCUAUCCGAAACAGUGCGUUUUAAUCGAAACAUCAGACCGAUAUGUUUGAACACAAAUCACGAUAUUAGCAAGUACAAUAGUGCUAUUGCCGCAGGAUGGGGUCGUACUGAGCAUGGAAAGACCAACUUUCUCAAAAUGGUUGAGUUACGAUUGAAGGAUUCGCACUGUGAUGAGUUUCUCCAAGAUAUUGAAUACUUGGACGCAGCCAAAUCAUACACCAUUCGUAUCUCAGAAUACCAAAAAAACACUUGUGGAGGUGACUCUGGAGGAUCUCUACAGGUUCUGAUCAAUGAUACAUGUCCAAACAUGUAUGAACAAAUUGGGGUAAAUACGCAAUCAAGUAAUUCCGAAUGUUCGUUAAAUUCCGAUGCCAAUUGCGGCGUAUACGCAAAAGUUGCGCGUUAUGUUCCAUGGAUUGCUAGCAUCGUUUGGCCUGAAGAAGAGGGACCAUGAAGAUGUAAUAAUAAUUAUUAACUGUCGCCGAAGAAUCUCAUAUAUCAACAAAUUUUAUUUGAUGCAAAUGUAUCACUGUACCUAAAGGAAAAGAACCAUUUCUUAAUUGACGAAAUAAUAUAAUUAUUAUAAAUUUCAGAUUAUCAAAUACACUACCCAAAUAUACUCAUUCAAUAUA